AUGACAACGACAACAACAACAACACCGGCUCCAACUACAACUACGACAACAACAACAACAACAACAACUGUUCAACCAACAUCUACUAUACGAAUAACGACAACAACAAAUCCAACCGUAAAGAUAACUAGAUCGGCUAUUAAUACAUUGAAAUCAUCAUCAUCAUCAUCAUCAUCACAUCAAAAAGGUGGACAAACCAAAGGAAAAAAACAAUCAUCAUCAUCAUCAUCAAAAUCAUUAAGAUCAAAAUCACGUCAACAAUCAUUAUCGACAUCGACAAAAUCAAUCAAUACAAUUGUUGAACGUAAUCAAUUUGGUUUACCGAAUAUUAAAUCACAACGUUUUAUAAUGACAAAAGUAUCAUCACCAUCGACCACAACAACGACAAGCACGAUAACAAAAAAUCCGAUAUUGAAAAUGGAUAUUACAAUGCCCGAUGUGAUUGAAUCACGUAAACAUACUACUGUACAGAAAAUGGAUACACCAACGGUAACAACAUCGACCACGACGACAACUACAACUCGUCGGCCAUCAUCAUCAUCAUCAUCAUCAUUAUUAUUAGCAAAAAUUAAUCGUAUCGAACAAGGACAAAGUCCAUUGAAACCAUUAUCAUCGAAUCCAUGGAAUAAGAGACAAUCAUCAUUAUUGGAUUCAAUUAACAAUAAUGAUCAAUAUGAUGAUAAUGAUGAUGAUCAAAUUUUAAUAAGACGUCCACCAGGUAUGCCAAAAAUACCGAAUAAUUUUGGUUUUGCCAAUGUAAUUAUACCGGAUCAAUUGAUGAUUAAUAAUGAUGACGAUGAUGAUGAUAAUACG